AUGAGUCGGUCUCUUUUUCUCCGUAUUCAAUCCAAGGUAGAAAUUUAUGAACCUUACUUUAUCCAUAAAAGAGAUAAUGCCCAAAGGCUCGGUUUAUCUUCUUUUCAAAAGAUAACAACUGCACUUAGGAUGCUUGCGCAUGGAGUGACAACUGAUUUUAUGGAUGAGUAUGUGCGGAUUGGAGAAUUCACUGCAAUAGAAAGUCUGAAAAAAUUUGUUAAAGCGAUGGUUGAUAUUUUCUCCAAGGAAUACUUGAGGUCCCCAAACAACGAAGACAUUGCUAAACUUUUAGUCAAUGGGGAAAGACGUGGAUUUCCAAGGAUGCUAGGGAGCAUUGAUUGCAUGCAUUGGAAAUGGAAAAAUUGUCCAACUACAUGGAAAGGUCAGUACUCUGGUCACAUUUGUGAACCAACCAUUGUUUUGGAAGCAGUGGCAUCAUUUGAUCUUUGGAUAUGA